AAUAUGCUUGGUUCAGAAAAACCAAAACUUUACUUUAAAAAGGAAAAAGGAAAAUAAAAGGAAAAUCAGUGUUGAAUAUUGAUAGCUAAAAAAAUCCGUGUGAUGUGGAUUCUUCUGAAAAUCUGGUGAUUUCUGGCUCACACAACACAAACACAGUCAGUUCAAGGAUUUGUAAAGGGGGAUGACGUCACUUAGUUGCAUCACCUCCUCCAUUUCUGUAACCUCUUCUCAAUCUAGCAGCACACCCCUCUUUGCCUCCGUUUCUGGGAAUCCACAUUAUUUUCUCAAUUUCUCUUCUUCUUCUCGAUCAAAGAGGGGUGGUUUCAAGUGCAGUUACGCUGCUGGUUCUGGUGUUAAAGACGAUUCACGUGUUGGCACAAUUGAUGUUGUGGCUGAUGUUAAGGCUGAGCGAAUUGUAGUAUUAGGAGGCAGUGGAUUUGUGGGUUCUGCUAUAUGCAAGGCUGCUGUAUCAAAGGGUAUAGAGGUCAUCAGUCUCAGCAGGUCGGGGAGGCCGUCAUAUUCAGAGCCAUGGGUAGAUCAGGUCAAUUGGGUCACAGGAGAUGUUUUUUAUGCAAAUUGGGAUGAAGUUCUUGUUGGGGCUACUGCAGUUGUUUCCACAAUUGGAGGUUUUGGCAGUGAGGAACAAAUGCAAAGGAUAAACGGGGAGGCCAACGUUGUCGCUAUUCAUUCUGCUAAGGAAUAUGGCAUUCCAAAGUUCAUAUUGAUCUCAGUUCAUGAUUACAAUCUGCCGUCGUUCAUGCUAUCAACUGGGUAUUUCACUGGAAAAAGGAAAGCCGAGGCUGAACUUCUUUCAAAAUAUCCAAAUUCAGGUGUUGUGUUGAGGCCUGGAUUCAUAUACGGGAAGAGAAAGAUUGAUGGAUACGAAAUCCCGCUUGAGUUGAUAGGAGAACCUCUUGAGAAAUUUCUGAGUGCAGUGCAGAAUUUCACCAAACCGCUAAACACACUGCCUGCGUCUGAUUUAGUUUUGGCACCACCGCUCAGCGUAAACGACCUUGCAUUUGCUGCUAUAAACGCAGUCACAGAUGAUGAUUUCUUUGGUGUUUUCACUAUUGACCAGAUCAAGGAGGCCGCCUCAUCGAUUAAGGCAUGAUCAAACUUUUUUAUUCUUAGUUUGGCUAUAGUAACUCACAACUUUUGAUUAUAACUACUACAUCCAUUUUCUUAUGCUUGUGUUUCCGUAUUGAAGCUUAAGCAUUUACCUGUCAAAUAUGUGAAUAAACAAAUGUUAUGCAUUUUGAGGAGUGCUCUUAUACGUAUUUCAAUUUUUAA